AGUACUGUGGUGUGUCAGGUUGAGAAGUCGCCCGCUCCUGCAUCACCAGCGCUAAGGCAUCUACUGAAGUAACUUAGGAACUUCUGCGCGGUCGUGGCUCAGAUCCCACAGGUGCGUCCUGCACCGGCUGAGGCGGCCUCUCCGUCCCGGCUGCCCGCCGCCAUUUGACGGCAUCGUGGGGAGAGGUGAGUGAUUCAACGCCCGCCAAGCCUAGAAGCCGACCGGACGUUUUCCAAUCUUCCGUCCGGUUCUGGGCGCGUGCAGAACUCGGGACCAAUCAGCUCAACCGUGUACUGGGAUGGAAACAAGAAUGGCAUCUUGCUUCCCUGUGGCACCCACUGUAUACUGACAGUUUAUUAUGGCAUCAAAACUUGAAAAGACUCAUGCUUUAUCACACUGCUGUAGCACAGACUCUCUCAUUACUAGCCUUGGUCUGGGCAUCUUUUGUCUCGUAGCUGAUAUACUUCUCCAGUUUUCCAUAAUUCAGCAAAAUGACUGGCUGCGUGCCCUCUCAGAUAACCUAGUCCAUGGCGUCAUUGGCAUGUGGUCAUGGGCAGCAGUCACUGGAGUUACGAAGAAGACUGACUUUGGGGAAGUUCUUUUAGCUGGAUUUCUGGCCUCUGUUAUUGAUAUCGACCAUUUUUUUCAAGCUCGAUCUCUAUCUUUAAAGGCUGCUCUGACUCUUCCGAGAAGACCUUUCCUUCAUUGUUCCACUGUGAUUCCCAUCACAGUUCUGAGUGUGAAGCUUGCUGUGCACAUAUUCAAGCUCAGAGACUCGUGGUGCUUUCUUCCGUGGAUGAUAUUUAUUUCCUGGACCUCACACCAUAUCCGAGAUGGAAUUCGGCAUGGCCUGUGGAUAUGGCCAUUUGGGAAAACGCCUCCUUUGCCCUUCUGGCUUUAUGUAAUAAGCACAUUAUCCUUACCACACCUGUGUUCAUUCCUUAUGUCCUUAACAGGGACCAGACACAUGACGUCUUCAAAACAUGGCAUGCCAAUUCAUGUGUGAGAUGACCCUGCAUAUGGCUCAGAUGGCAGUAAUGGAAGAUAGCCAGUAUUCAAGUGAAAUUCUAAAACACAGCCAGGCAGGUUAUGCAGUUUUUAUAACCCUCGUGCCCUCUUGCUCAGGAGGCCUGCUCAGUACUGCACAUCCCUCUAACAUGUGCACCUACUGCAGUACUAGAGUUGCCCUUAUUUCAUGCUGUGUUAUAUUAUUGCUGCUUUAUCUUGCAGAUCUGCAAGUUCAAGGCCAGCCUGGUCUACAGAGCAAGUUCCAGGACAGCCAGGGCUACAUAGAGAGACCUGUUUCUGUUUAUCUGAUUUAUUACUGUUUAUCUAAUUACUAUUUUUGUCGCAUUAAAAUCUUAUGAAUUGUCUAGAA